ACGAACGCGAGUGGCCGUUCCAGGAAGAAUGAUCCAGGGUUAAUCCAACGAAUAUGGUGAUUCGUGAACGAGGACCAGCUGCCAGGCGAUCGUUAAUAGAAGGCCCGUCGUGAUUUAGCGUUGCCUCGACCUCCACACACCACACUUCCCUGUACGUGAUCCAAGUGUCACGGCUUCGUGACUUUCACGAAUCGGUGAAAACUUCUGCGCCUCGUCGAGUGUCUCCGAGACGGAGACAAGAUAACGUAUUUCGAGCGAAGGACGAUAAUGACUGCAGAAUGUUCCAUCUCCUCCUGAUUCAGGAUCCAGGAAGGAGAAGAAAGGAGCGAAGGGUAAACUAGUCCCGGCGGAGGAUCGAACAAUAACAGCAAGGUCUGAGUUUAACGAGGAGGUAUGUCGCGUCGAGGUGACCUCCGUGCACCACUUCCCGGUACGUGAGUCAGGAUCGCAGGAAUCGGUAGCCAGCUCGAGGAUGAGCGCUAAGAUAUCCCUGGCUGGCCGUGGAACGGCACAGUCAGCGGUGAACCAUCGUGGCAAAACAUCGUCGGGCUUGUUGCUCGCCGGUACGUCCGUAAAGAGGCCCUCCUCGUCGAUGACCGUAGAGGUGACUGGCACCGAGGAAAGAGCCGUCAAACGAGCCGCUGUCCCAGAACUGGAAACAUCAUCGAGUCGUUCUCGUCCGAACACGUUAUUAGAGAGAGGGAACAAUAUGCCAGCCUUGACGCGUGUUUGCACUACUGCCACUCUGCCUAGGAUCAAGAGAUUCAAAUUUACAUCGAUCGCGUCGACGUCGUGCUCGCGUCUCGAUAUAACCGCGGCUGACGUCAAGAGCACGCAUCAACAACAACAUCACCAUCAGCAGUCCUCGUCAGCGAUGUCGACACUGGUGUGUUGCGAGCCGGUGUCGGCCGGUCGUUCCCGGGACAACUUGAAGCUGGUUCUGAACCGUAGUUUGAGCGAGCCAGGUCCGCCAGUGAGCGCGUCCUCUUUCUUGUCGUCUCCGACGUCUAUCGUGUCCCCGAGCUCGUCGACCAGCAGCGGAGUCGACGUCGACACUGUGGACGGCAACGACUGUAACUUGAACGCCAGUGGUAGCAGCAUCAGCGGUUGCAGCACCUCCAGCAGCGGCACCGACUGCGAUUUGCCCGACGUCCGUCGACACUAUCACCAUCUUCAUCAUCACCACUUCCAUCAGCACCAGUUGUCCGCCUCGAAACGCUGCAAGCUGGAAACCGUCAGCCUGCCCAGCAGCCCUUGCUCCGAGAACAACACCCUGCAGAGGCAGCUGGUGCUGCAGAGGACCAAGACCAUCACCGCGGAUGACCUCGCAAGACGUCUUCUUGGUCACCAGGACAACGUGCCUGUACUGCUCGAUUGUCGGCCGUUUAUUCUUUACAACGUGAACCACGUCACCGGUGCCAUCAACGUCAACUGCUCUGACAGAUUUAAUAGACGCAGGCUGCAACUCGGGAAGGCUAGUCUCGCGGAUCUGGCUACUACCAGGGAGGGCAAGGAAGUGCUCAGGAGGAGACACUACAGGGAGGUGGUCGUGUACGAUGAUUACACCGACGAUAUGGACCGAUUGCCGGUUCAACACCCGCUGUUCCUGGUGCUCGUUGCUUUGCUGGAGGAUAACAGGGAACCUGCGCUUCUGAUCGGUGGACACAAGGAGUUCCACAGGCGGCACAGGGACCUCUGCGAGGAUACGCUUCUCCCAGCAGGCGGAGCUGGUCCAUCGACGGUCAGCGGUUGCCCGAGUCCAGGACCCGGUUGUCCGGUGUUGAGCCUGUCUGGACCACCGACUCCCCAACCCGCGGACAUCGACAGUCAUCCUGCCUCUCGAGUCCUGCCGUUCUUGUACCUCGGCAACGGCAGGGACGCGGCUGAUCUUCAGCUCCUGAGAGCGCUAGGCGCCACCAGAGUCCUCAACGUCACUUCCCAAUUACCUGGUUACCACGAGGAGAGGGGUAUCACCUACAGACAGAUCCCUGCUUCGGAUUCCGGUCACCAGAAUCUGAAACAGUACUUCGAGGAGGCCUUCGACUUUAUCGAGGAAGCCCGAAAAGCCGGAAGCAGCGUGCUGGUCCAUUGCCAAGCAGGCGUAUCUCGCAGCGCGACGAUCGCGAUCGCGUACAUCAUGCGGCACAAGGGUCUGUCGAUGGUGGAGGCGUACAAACUGGUGAAGAACGCGCGGCCGAUCAUCAGUCCGAACUUGAAUUUCAUGGGCCAACUGUUGGAGCUGGAGCAAGGGUUGAGGGCGUCCGGCGGAGUGGCAUCCGCGCCGGAGGAGCCUAAAGGUUGUCACCAGUGUCGCUGGUCGCAUCAGCAGAACAGCGAGGAGGUGACGUCCGGUUGCAGCGUGUGAGGCGCCCUCCGGACAACGCAGCGGGCAACGGGACCCGGCGAUCUUUCUUCUCCGGGUUUUCUUCAGCGAAUCGAAGAACGAGCCAGCGCGCCGUCGAAAGACACUCUACACGCAUACACAUAUCCUGUACAUCCGUACGAAUCGAACUCGUGUUCGUUCUUCCUGGCCCCCUUGCGAAGAGAACUCGAAUUCACCUUGCUACACACGUGCCUUCGCCUAGCGCUACCCAUGAACGGGAAAGGCUGACGAUUUACAGAGACACUUAUUAUUUCUGUUCACGAAGAUCGGAGAGCGUCGUUCGACCUCGAGGAACCAUCGUCAUCGAUUCUGACGCGUUGCGAAUAUCUGACCCGUUGACCGCGCGAUUUUUGUACGCGGUAUCACGGUAGAUCGUAGGAAAAUCGACCUCUUCCCGACACGGACUCGAUCCUGCGUAUUAUUUAUAUUUUCGAAGGGGAGAGAGACAGAGGAAGGACGUUCACGCGGAAGCUUGGUGCGAUCGUCGUCAAAGGUGUACUUACGCGACAGUGUUCCGUAGUUAUGUUGGUACAAAUACAUGUAAGACUCGCGUUCGUCACGGAAAAUCGUGAACCUUUUUAACGUAGGCAUCUUCUGUACACGGCGAGAACAUGUACGUUUUAUUUUUACGGCGGUUUUGUUGGAGAGGUCUAUCUCGGUGAUGGGCGAGGCUCCUCUGCACGGAGUACGGCGUACACCGACUGUAGCCACUUUCUCAAUUUGAAAAUUUGGAUAUCCGAAAACUGUACAUUUUGAAAUUUCUAUAUUUACUUCCAAAUUUUCAAAUUUGCUAAUUUAUGUACUUGAAAUUAUUUCGAAAUUUGUAAUAUUCGAUACAUUAUUCCGUGCACUCCUCGGGCACACCAUCGCCGAUCUGUAUACACACGCGUAAUGAUUUAUUCGUUUUGUCGUUCGUUUCUGCUUUGACAUGUAUAUUUUUUUAAACAGCGUCCUCAAAUUCGCGUUUUCUUUUUUGUUUUUGUUGGGUGCGUUUUAUAUUGACACCGUGUUUUGCAUCUGCGUUUAGAGAGGGACACCGCUUGAAACGCUGAUCGCGCACGUAGAAACGAGAAAUUUCUGUAAUUAUAUAUUACGUGUAUUUCACGAUUUAUGUUCGCAAAAAUUGCACCCGGGUUUUGCCCUCGAAGAAACGCGCGCGUGGAUAAAAAUGGUGGUAAAUAUUCGUGAAUCGAUAUUUGCAGUUUUCCCCCCUUUGCCUAUUUGUAUCUCUGUAUUCGUAUAACUAUAUUAUUUGAUAGCGAAGUGGUUUAUAUUUGAUAAAAAUAAUAUAUCGUUAACUUGGAAUUAGCUUGACCACGAGCUCCGUAGCAUUUAAGGAUCUGGUUGAGAUCCAACCAUCGUGAUCUAGUCGUUUGUUGGGAUAUGUAAUGAUAUGAUAUAAGAGCGUAAGGGUGAGUUCAAAUGUGACCCUGCCAAUUAGAUUGUAAACGUCGUCGAGAAUUCGAGGGACACGAUUUCUAAACCGAGGAUUAGAUGCCAAAACACGGAUUUUUCUUUUUAGUUCAAGCUUCGAUUACUGUGUAACGACCGUUGAAACGUGUACAUAAACACACAAGCUACAUCGAGUUUAAAGAUAAUGUUUUGAACGGACAUCGAAUUCAAACGAUUUGCGUAUGAGAGAACUUUCUCCGUUUAUUGGAUUGUACGAAAUCUGACCUCGCAUCACUGUGUAUCUAUCUCAGGUUAUUCAAAUGAAAUUCGUAGAUGUUAGCGCGUGGAACUUUAUCCGAAUUGUUCGACAUCGAUGUACCGUGCAACUCGAAUGAAUUGUCACCUCGAGCAUAACAGUGGAAAAUAUCUGAAUUUGAUUCUACCCCUAUUGGGGAACAGUAUGCGAAAUGAAUAAACGGGUGGCGUUCAUUCGAGUCAUCCGGAUGUGUAACUACUUUAUACUUUAACCGACGAACAGCACUCGAGCCAAUCGAUAAAAACGAGAAAGAUGAAUCGUACGUGAUUUCGAUCUUCGGUGCACCUCGAACAAAUGGCCUAAGGGAUCGAACGCGAAACGUGCUAGAAAUACUUGUAUAUACAAACAGAACACCGACAAUCGUCGCCGCUGUUGAUCGAACCGAGCAGCUGUUCAAAAGAAUCACCGAUACCGAUAUGCCUUUCUACGUUUUAGAGACUCAAAACUGGUGACAAUAAAAGAAAAACGCUCGAUAAGAGAACAGAGACCUGUCGUGCGUGAAACAGUUAUUCGUUUCGCGACACGUAUUAUAUAGAUAAAUAUAUAUGUUGUAUGUAUAGCAUACGAGACAGAGAAAGUUCCUUCAGAUUCUCUAAUUCUCUCGAGGAAACGGUACAUAUCAAAGAGACGUCGCCUUUUCAUUUCUUUUCUUGUAAAUCGCGGAGGGUCACGAUACUAUCUUGUGGAACCUCGUGACGCUUCGCGUGUAGACGUUGUAAAAAUUGUAGCGAAUAGUGUGUUGUAAAUAACCGCAGAGCAAAGACACAGGCGAUGGAAAAGAUUCGCAAGCGAAAAGAAACCGAUCGACGUUGUAAAAACUAUAUUAUAGUAACAAUAUGGUCGCAUGCAACUUAGGUGUUGGAUAAAGUCAGUUCAGGUUAGAUCUUGGGGCAUCUACCCCUUUUCCUUCAGAUUUUCUACAAACAAAUUUUUAACUUCUAAAUUACUUUUAAUUUAAAAAACCUAUGUUGUAUUGUAUGAGACACGUAUGGAAGUGAAAGAAUUUAAACAAUAAAUACAUCGAUCCGUGAUGAAUCUAGAACCGACGAAGCAAAACCUUAAAAUGGGAUAAAAUAUGUACAUAACCGUUGCUCUCGUAGUUCGACAAAAUUGAUUAAUAGAAGACACCGUAUACUAGAGUGCCUAAUUUGUACAAUCGAACAUGUUCCUAUAACGAUAUGCUAUGUCUUGAACCCCGCUUUGUCCAUUUUGCUUUGCAAGACUCCGUAAGAUCGUGAUUGAUCGUGGAUCGAUGUAUUAUUGUCUUUCUCUAUUUAUACGCGCGUGGAAGACCGCUCACAACCAUGUAAUCAGCCGCGUUCUCCAAACGGAUAAGUAGCGGAAGGAUGAUUAACAUUGUGGAAACAUUGACGUUCGAUCGGAUUCUUUUUCCUCUUUUUUUUUAUGUACAGCCGAAUAUAAUAUAAAAUAUACGCAUACGCGAGGACAGAGACCAUUGUAUCAUAUCAAAAUUUAAUUAGAAGAUAUUUUAUGAAUAAAAGUGUAAAUCGCACACGCUUGUGGUCGAUUUGUUUUCUCAGCAAA